AUGGGUGUCCUCGAUGUUGUCCCCGCGUACGUCCCCUCCGCCCCCGGCGUCCUCACCGGCAAGAACCUCGUCAAGUUGAUGGACUACGCUCGCGAGAACCACUUCGCCAUCCCUGUGCAUCAAGCUGACCCCGCCUUUUCCACUCCGCUUUUCUCCCUUCUCCAGGCCUUCAACUGCACCUCGUCGUCGACCGUCGUCGCCGCCCUCGAGGCCGCCCGCGACUCCAAGUCGCCCGUCAUCAUCCAGGUCUCGCAGGGUGGUGCCGCCUUCUUCGCCGGGAAGGGUGUCGCCAACGACAAGCAGCAGGCUUCCAUCGCCGGUGCCGUCGCCGCCGCCCACUACGUCCGCUCCAUCGCUCCCACCUAUGGCGUCCCCGUCGUGCUGCACAGCGACCACUGUGCGAAGAAGCUCCUCCAAUGGUUCGACGGCAUGCUCGAGGCCGACGAGGCUUACUACAAGGAGAAGGGCGAGCCUCUCUUCUCGUCGCACAUGCUCGACCUUUCGGAGGAGUCAAAGGAGGAGAACAUCGAGACUUGCGUCAAGUACUUUGAGCGCAUGGCCAAGGUCGACCUCUGGCUCGAGAUGGAGAUUGGCAUCACCGGUGGUGAGGAGGACGGUGUCGACAACACUGGCGUCGACAACAACUCGCUCUACACCCAGCCCGAGGACAUCCUCGACAUCCACAACGCCCUCUCCAAGAUCUCGCCCAUGUUCUCGAUCGCUGCCGGCUUCGGCAACGUCCACGGCGUCUACAAGCCUGGCAACGUCAAGCUCCGUCCCGAGCUCCUCGAGAAGCACCAGAAGUACUGCCACGAGCAGCUCAAGUCGAAGAACCCCCUCCCCAUCUACCUCGUCUUCCACGGCGGUUCGGGAUCGUCCAAGGACGAGAUCACUACCGCUGUCAAGAACGGUGUCGUCAAGAUGAACGUCGACACCGACACCCAGUGGGCAUACAUGAUCGGCUUCCGCGACUACUUCAAGUCCAAGGCCGCGUACCUCGAGACCCAGGUCGGUAACCCCGAGGGCGCCGACAAGCCCAACAAGAAGCAGUACGACCCGCGCGUCUGGGUCCGUGAGGGUGAGAAGACGAUGAAGGAGCGCUGCCAGGUCGCCUUCAAGGACCUCCGCUCCGAGGGAACCCUCUAA